AUGUCGACGGGUGCCGAUUGGAUCUCGCAGCAUGAUCUUCUCCGGAGCGACUAUGUAAUGGUUGCUAUGACCUCGGCCGUGUUCGCGGUGCGCGUUGCUCUCCAGGCAUGGCGACGAAAAGCCGUUGAAGCGCAAGACAUUUUGCUUUUCAUCGCCUUCUUGGCCUAUCUCGCCUUUGCAAUACUCUACAUAGUCAUCACACCCAUCUUCUUCAAGAUCCAGGCGCUUCAAGCAGGACUUGUUGCACCAUGGCCUACCAUGAUGACGGAUAUCAGGUUCGCGUCCAAGGUCAUGUGGCAGAGUGGUAUGGAGUAUUGGACAUGUCUCUGGUUUGUCAAGUUGUCGCUGUUAGUGCUAUACAAAAAGUUACUUGUGGGAAUGCCCAAAGUAUACCUGUGGACGUGGUGGGGUACGUUGAUCUUUUGCAUCGUGACAUGGGCGACCUGUAUCAUAACAGGUCCUGGCUUAGCGUGUGACGAUACAAAGAAGUUCUUUGAAGAAGGCAUUGCGUGCUCGUCGCCUGCGGAAACGCGCCGCCAGACAGCGAACCUAUAUUAUGCGUAUGCUGUCGACACGCUUACAAAUCUCAUGGUCAUGUUCCUGCCCAUCCGGCUCCUCUGGAACCUGCAGAUGGAGAGACAGAAGAAGAUUGGAUGCGGUCUCCUCUUCGCCUCUGUCUUCUCGACUAUCCGCAUUGUCCAGGUCGGUCAGGACGGGAGGCCAAAGUCACCAGACCCGAAAUGGCUUACGCUGUGGACCAUUGCUGAGUGCUCAACAGCCGUUAUCAUUGGUUGCUGUCCCGUGUUCGCCGCCACCGUGCCCAAGGGUUGGACUUGGCCUUCGAACCGGGCAUCGCAUCGUACCCAAGGCUACGUCGAGCAGUCGGCCAAUCAGUCGGAUGAGACUGCAUCCAGAGGUCACCGGCUUCGGGAUAUGCGCAGUUCCAGGAGUCCAAGGAAACAGCAUGAGAAGACGCCGCAGCACGCAAGUGUAGUCAGUCAGGACGAGCUCCCUGAACGCCGAACAGGAGGCACCGGUAUUAGGAUCACCGAUGAGAUGCGUGAGCAGCACAGUCGGCGGAUGGAGGAGAAGCGGCGGAUGGAGGAAGGCUACUUGGAAGCUCAAAGACCAGACAGUCGAAAUGAACUGUAGCGGCCGAGAGUUGCUACAAAUAUUACUGCUAUAUCAUGCAGGUGCCGACAGGGUCGCGGUGGCUAUCUGCCGCUGUUGACCCACCAGGGAGGCUGACAGCAGGUCUGACAUGGGGUGGGCCUCGCACACUGAUAGCGUACAACAGCACAUACGACCACGGGCCGCUGGAGAGUGGUCUUGAGUCAAGGCACCUGCUGAGGUAUUUUAAAGGCCUGUUAUUAGCACAUGUGCACCGGGG